AUGAAUUCAACGCCACCUAUCCAAGGUCCGACGCAGCAGCAGCAGCAGAUGCUACUGCUGCAGCAACAGCCACAGGCAGGGCAGCAGCAACUCGGGCAGCAGGUAAUGCAGCAGCAAAUUCCACAGCAGCAACACCCAUUAAUAUCGCCCCAUGGACAUCACCCAGCUCUGCAGCAGUCGAUGCUGCAGCAUCCCCAACAACUUACUGCGCAUCAGCAGCAGCAGCCUCAGAUGCAGCAACAGCUGCAGCAGCAGUUGCUGCAGCAGCAGCAGCAGGCACGUUUAAGCUCUCUUCAUGGAAUAUCACAGCAGCCUUUCACCCUUCAUCCCCAAUCUAUGCCCAUGCAACACUUGCAGCAACAACAAUUCAUGAGGCGUCCUCCCGUACAGCAGCAACUAGCGCAGCAAACACCAAUGCAGUUGACGCAGUCUCUGCAGCACCAGCAGCAGCUCCACCUGCAGCAGCACGCGAUGUCCAAUUCACAACGCCACUUUCUACCGCAGCAGCAGCUUCAAUCCGGGCAACAGCAGCAUGGUCAGCAGCAAGGAUGUCUACAGCAGCCACCUCAGGUAGGCCCCCAUCAGUUGCAGCAGCAACAAAUGCAGCAGCUGCACGCACAGCAUGCGUUCCUGCAGCAGCAGCAUGCGCAACAUGGGGAUGGAGGUUCCCUGUCGCACAUGGGGACGCCGAAGGGUGGAAACAGCAGCAGCAGUGCAGCAACUGGCUCGGGCAUGCUGGCAGUGCCUCAGUUGGGACCUCGUCCCUUUUCUGGGCGUUUGGCCCAGCAUGAAUUCCAUAGGGGUGGGGGGCCCCCUUCCACUAUUAUUCUUGCAGCAGCUCCUAUGGAGGCUGUGCAGAUCGCAGCGCGACCCGGAAGCUCCUCCACCGUUGCAGAUUUAGUGCGGGAAGCGAUGGAGGCGGCGGAGGCGGCGGAGGCAACUGAAGCAGAGACGGACUUCUAUGGCGCAGCGAGAGAGUCAGAGCAUGGAUUUUCAGUUCAUGACCUCUUGGAUUUCACCGAAGACAUUGCUGCCCUCAUGGAAGCCUUUAUGAAUCCCGAACUUGCUGUGGCCGCAGAGGCGUUAGAGCUGAUGGUGCAACUGUCUCUUGACUUCAUUGACGAUCUCGUGGAGAAGGGUGUAGAGCAUCGUCGACAGCAACAAGACGGGGAGCGCAGGCCUCGAGGUUCCCGGCGGCGACAGCCGCAGUUACUUGCAGAGGAUCUGUUGGCUGGCCUCCGUACGCAUCCGCGUAAGGUUCUGAGGUGCAAAGAGGCCCUUGAAAACUACAGACAGCUAGAGGAGUUUAAGCUCGCCUUCCCAGAAGACAGAUAUCUCUCUGCACCGCCUGCCCAAGGGCAGGCCCAGCCCCCUCUCUCCCCGCCAGGGAGCUCAACACCAACUGGCCCCCAGCAAUCGGGACCCAACGGCCCUUCGGGCCAAAACCCUCUUCAGGAUACGCCGGCAGCGCCACAUCCCCAGGGACCUACCACCCCACUCGACAACCUAUCGGGGAGGCAAAGGGCAGCUGGUACUGUUUCUGCGCACAGCGUGGACCCCCGUAGCCUCAUGUCGAGCCCCACACUUCGGACGCAGCAACGCGAUCAUGCAACGUUCGAGAGCCGCUCUCGACCUACCCCGCCAGCCCUAAGCGGUUUGCCAAUGAACUCUUAA